AUGCUGGGCUGCAAUGUGGGCCUAAUUUUCCUCCUAUUGAGUAUUUUUUCCAUUUCUCGGCUUCAUGGAGUUCAGGCGCUCCAGAGAGGUCAGGAAGAGGGAGAAUACUACGACAUCAGCCUGAGCAGAACAGAUUCGGCGUACGAAAAUGAAUGCCUGAGGAUCUUGGACAAUGAAAAGGUCUGCAAGAGGUCACCCAAGUUCUUUGACCUCAAGAACGUAAUCUCAAGCAGCAUCGCACUCCAGGCGGACUACACGUCUAGAAUGUGGGCCACUUACUACGGCGGAAUACGAAUGGGACCCUCUGGAAAUCAACUUUUCAAGGUGCUCUUUGAUACCGGUUCGUCGGAGUUUUGGCUCCCUGGAGACUCUUGUAUAUCGCAACAGUGUAAAACUCGCCAGAGGUACCACAAAACAAGCUCCUGGAAGCCCAUGCUCAAGGAGGAUGGGAACUCUGUGCCCAUAUCUAUAAAGUACCUCUCUGGAGAAAUCAAGGCAGUUGACGGAACGACGACAGUCCGUCUCUCGGACUCCAUAGUGCUGGAAAACGUAAAUGUUGGACUUGCUACGAAUAUAAAUGUGCCUGUAAUGUCCCAGGUACAUUGGGACGGAAUAGUAGGUUUGGGAUUCAGGACAAAGGAAAUGGAGUAUCGAGGAGCAAAAACAUUCCUAGAGUCUUUAAUGGAUAAUAAAUCGUUGUAUCCAAACUUUCGCAACCAAGUUGCUUACUACGUCUCCAAAGAAGGAGGAAACAUUUCGUUUGGAGGAAUUAAUCCAAAGUUUAAAAAAUCGCAGGAUGCCGAGUUUUUCUGGGCACCCAUUGAGGAUGGCUCCACCUACUGGAGUCUAAACCUCGUUGACAUGCAUUUAAAGAAUUCGAAAAAGAGGAAUAGGUUCAACACGAGUUCAUUCGCCCUCUCUAAUGGGCAGGAAUCCAGACCGAUUUACAAGGGAACUUUUGGUGAUCUCAAGGUCAUAAUGGACACUGGAUCGUAUCUCAUGUACGCUCCGCAGAGCAUGUCUAGUCUGGUGGACGAACUGCGAGUAGAAUCUUGCGAUGAGGUGGGUAGUAAGCCUACUUUGGUUUUCACAUUCAAGAGUUCGAAUGGAACCAAAUUUCCCGUAGAAUUGAAACCACAAGACUACAUUCUCUCAUAUCAAGGUUCUGACGGGAAUAAGAAAUGUACACUCGGCAUCGUUGUAGAUGAUCAACAAGAGGUUAGUUUAGGGAUUUUAUGA